GUGGAAGAGAGGCCGGCUUUGCGAACACAGGCAUCCGUGAUGAAGUUGUUGGUGGCACCAAUGUCGAGAAGGGCCCGAAACUUCACCGUCGAUGCUCCAAAGGAGACGGCGAUGAACUUGAGCUGGAACUGGGUGGUCCCAGCACAAACGGAGGAGAUCAUGGCGUUGAGGCGGCGCUGCUCGAGGCCUAAUCUAACAAGCCGAGUGUGUCGGUCUUGUUCCUCAACGAGAUCGAAGAAAGUGAUGGUGGAGGGGUUGGGGAGGAGGGUAGUGGAACAUGUGGCCGUGGGGUGCUCAGCCGACGGAAUAGAGGACGUCGUCGGGAGGAGGCCAGGCGGAGUAGAUUGCGAUGCCUGGGGGGUGUCCGGUGUGAAAGUCGUUGCCGGGGGAGGGGUUGGCAGACGAAUUGUUGGUGCCAGGACAUGGCUUAAGGGGCGGGGGGACAGUGUUCAAGUGGAGGAGGGUCCAGAGGCCGCGGCGGAGGAGGAGGAAGUGGAUGUGGGAUGGCUGGAUCCGGUGGGGCGGGAAGCUUGGUCGUUGAGAGCGGAGGUGAGGAAGGCGGUCAUGGUGGAAAAGGCGGGUAAGGAGAUCGGUGAGAGGGAGCUCGGGCUCAUGGGCGAGGGCUGUUGCGAGGUAGGGGAAGCAUACCCGCUUGAUGCGGGAGAUGAAGACGAAGUCGGGAAUGAGAGUCGACGGGAUGUGGAGGCGGAAGGAGCGAACGUAUUGGAUGAAUUGCUCGGUGGGGCCGGUUUGGCGGAGGUUGCAAAAUGGAUCGAUGUAGUCAUCGAUGGUCUUUUGCGGACGGAAGGUGGUGAUGAGAAGGUCGGCCCAUUGAAGGAAGGUGAUGCGGGGAAGGCCGUUGGCUCGGCGGUUGUUGGCUUCGGUUAACCACCAUUGAGCGGCGGCGCCUUGGAGGCGG